ACAUUCGCUACAAUACCCUGACUUUUAGUCAAGUACAUUCGUUCCAGCAACCCUCCAAACCUCUAAACAACCUACCUACAACUUUCGAGUUACAUUAAUAUCUCCAACCUCAGUCAAAAUGAAGUUCGCUGCUGCUCUCGCUUUCGCCGCCGGUGUCUCUGCCUACGCCAAGGGCAACGUCACCUACACCACCGAGGUCGUCACUGCCUACACCACCUACUGCCCCGGCCCCACUGAGAUCACCCACGGUGGCAAGACCUACACCAUCACUGAGGCCACCACCCUGACCAUCACUGACUGCCCUUGCACCAUCACCAAGCCCGUCAUCACCACCUCCGCUGUCGUCUGCCACGACUGCCCUGCUCCUCCCCCUGCCAAGGGCGGCAACUCCACAUUCGUCCCCGUUGUCCCCACUGGCACCGCUCCCGUCAAGCCUGGCAACCCCGAGGGCCCUGCUGCCACUCCCACCGGUGGUGCCCCCUCCGAGGUCCCCACUGCCGGCGCCGGCAAGGUCGCUGCUCUCUCCGGAGCUGGCCUCGCUGCCGUCGUCGGUCUCGCUGCCUUCCUGUAAAUCAGCAACUAGCGCGUCUCGUCGACCACGUCCUACCUACGAUUUCUUUAUUUCGGUAAUACCUAAUUCGCGUGGGAGCCUGUGGGAGAGUUAGUGUUGGUUUCUUUUCAAAGGGGAUGCAAGCGAUUUUCAGGGAAUGUAUAGACUUUUUGGACACGAACAUACGAACGGAGAACCGGUAUACUUCUGCACAGCUCUAUGGAGUCUUUGUCUAAUGAUGGCCACGCUUUGCAGGGGUGAGACAUUCUUGUACAUGAGCUUUGUCUCGGCGUCCGGAAGGAACUCGCAUACACCCUGUGUGAGGUCUCUUUCGAGGCUGGGAAUAUAAUGUGUUUAUUUGCCUUUGGAGCAACAAUGGGACGAUUGUGCCUUGGAUAGCCCGCGGGUCGUUCUCAAUUCUGCUCCUGAUCAGAAAUUCAAGAGACGCAUUACCUACCUCGAAUCACCUCGCACCCGAUCCCGUUUUCCUAUUCUUGCGAUAUACUUUUGGGAAACUCUCGAACACCUCUAGCCUUCCGUCGAGGUGGUCGAGCACUAUCCCCUACAGCUGGGCGUGUUUAUGGACUCUUGACAGGUACUUUCAAUGUUGUCAGCCUGGGGAAAUCUUGUAUUAUAGCUCAGGCAAAGCAAUCAUUGCUAAGAGUCCAGUUUUGGCUCGGCAAACUUCAUAUCUUCC